AUGGCUCUGGUGAAAUUCUCCAAGAGACAGAAAAUUCUAAGAAACAUCUCUUUCAUUCUUCUUAGCACUUGUCUUUUGUUUGUGAUAUGGAGAAGUCAAAGGAAAUCUUGCUCCAAAACCAGUCAAUGCUUGGAAGUGGACCAUUUGUUGACAAAGGAUCCGGUGGAACUACAAGGUUGUUCAGCCAUCAUUCGAGGAGACAUAGAAGGGCUGGACAGGAACAUUUUAACCAGUCUUUUGGCUAACCACAAGAAGAAGCCUCUGUCUGAGUCAUUCUUCUUAAACGCCACCACAGACUGCAAUGCUUAUGUCAGAAAAAGAGGGUUUCUCACAGUUCCACUCAGCAAAGAGGAGAGAGAUUUCCCUAUCGCCUAUUCCAUGGUGAUCCAUGAAAAAAUAGAGAUGUUUGAAAGACUCCUGCGUGCCAUAUACACUCCGCAGAAUGUCUACUGUGUACAUGUGGACCAAAAGUCCUCUGAAGCAUUUGUGAAAGCUGUGAGGGCUAUAGUGUCUUGUCUGCCAAAUGUAUUUGUGGCCAGUAAACUGGAGUCUGUGGUCUACGCCUCAUGGUCCCGUGUCCAAGCAGACUUAAAUUGCAUGAAGGAUCUUCUGAAGUCACCUGUUCGGUGGCGAUACCUUCUCAACACCUGUGGCUCUGACUUUCCCAUUAAAACCAAUGCAGAGAUUGUUCGUUCCCUCAAAGUGUUGAACGGAAAGAACAGUAUGGAGUCUGAGGUCACAAAUGAAUACAAGAAGGGUCGCUGGCAGUUCCAUCACAACGUCACAAACUCUGUGGUGAGGACAGGUGUUAAAAAGAGUCCACCGCCUAUCAGUACGCCCAUGUACUCUGGCAAUGCUUACAUCGUGGUGUCGAGGGACUUUGUGGAGCACCUGUUUCAAAGCGCGGAGGUUCAGGUGUUUAUGGAGUGGGAGAAGGACACGUACAGUCCUGACGAGCAUAUGUGGGCGACCCUCCAGAGGAUGCCCGCUGUGCCUGGGUCCAACCCUGCCAACAGAAAGUAUGACAUGUCGGACAUGAACUCCAUCGCUCGGCUCGUGAAGUGGAGCUAUUUGGAGGGGAGCUUGAAAGACGGGGCUCCAUAUCCACCAUGUGCUGGUGUAUACAGACAUGCGGUAUGUGUCUAUGGAGCAGGAGACUUGAAAUGGAUGCUACAGAAACAUCACCUGAUUGCCAAUAAGUUUGACCCAGAAGUAGAUGAUCUAGCAAUAAAAUGCCUAGAACUGUAUCUAAGACACAAAGCUCUGUACAGAAUGGACAUUAUCAGAAGGUAA